UUCUGCCUCAUGCGCUCGACAGCAUGUGCCCGAGGAGCCGCUGACACCCCGUGCUCAGGGCUCAGGGAAGGGCCGCGGGUGCAGAAGGCACCGCCCCUCGCCCCGGGGGUCGCGCGCACCCUGGGGUCGCUGCUCCCGCCCCGCACCGGGACUGCCGCCGCCUCCGUGACAGGCUGACGGAGCAGCUGCCCAGAGCGCGCCUGCGCUGGCCCGUUUCUCCGUCCUGUGUCUGUCCCCUUGACGGGGCGGGGUCAAGGGAAGGGACCCCGGGCACAGACAGCUGCAGCCGGCUGGGGACUCUCCUCCCUGCUGCCCCCUGCUCCCCCGCCGCUCCUGCGGACUCCCCGUUUUCGUCUGUCUCUGUGUAGAUGGAGGCGGCACCGCCUCACCCCUCCCCUCGGCCGGCUUGCCCACUGCCCUCUUUCCUUGCUGGACAUCGAGUCGCCCUGCCCUUGCCGAAGAGCGGGACGUGGUCUGCAGACAGGAGCCUGCCGCCGUCCUCGUUGUCCACAGUGAAGCCGCUUCCCUUCUCCUCCAACCCCGCCCCCUUUACCGGCUGAGGGCAGCGGACCGGCUCGGUACCACUAGCACCUUCUCGGGGUGUCUGUCCAUACUGAAGUGAGCACACGAGGCCAUGAGCCCCUGUGAGGGCCGCAGCUUGACUCACCCUUUCACGCGCAGCGUCGAGGACGCCCGGGUUCCUGAGGAGAGCCGCGGGACAUGCUGCCAGGACUGGCGAGUUCUCACAGGCAGGACCCCGCCGUGGAAGUGCGUUGCUGCACCCGAGGCCGCCGGCGCUGGGCCCCGUGCAGGGUGACGUGCUCCAAGCCCAAGUCCAGCCACCCCGGGCCCCGGCCCUGCGCGCGAGAAGCUCGCAGCAGGAUGGUGACCUUCGAGGACGUGGCCGUGGUCUUCACCUGGGAGGAGUGGCGGGGCCUGGACGGCGCCCAGAGGGCCCUGUACCGCGACGUGAUGCUGGAGGCCUACGGCAGCCUGGCGGCCCUGGGGUUCUGUGUGAACAAGCCUGAGGUGAUCAUCAGACUGGAGCAGGGAGCAGAGCCGUGGAUUGCCAAGGAGCGCCCGAACCAGAGCCCCGUAGAUGCCUGUGCCGUGGAUGACCUGACUAGGGCCAACCAGGAGAAGCAGGACAGACAUUUGUGGCAAGUUCUAAUUGCCAGGAGCAAAACAUCAACUAAGAAAGUGAUUGACGUAGGAAAAGCAGUUAAUUUGCAUGCAGUGCAUAAUUUGAGCUCCAGUAUGAAUAGUGGCAUUGCUUCAGGAAUGGUGGCUGCAGAGUUUCACAUGUGGAAGCACAUGCUCCUCCCUGGUGAGCCUGACAAGAUGCAUGUGGUAGAGAAACUCGAGAGUCCCGGCCCAGCUAGAAAACCCCUCAGAUAUCCUGAGCAUUCUGGUGUUCAUCACAGGUCUCAGGCUUUGCAGCAACCUCUGGAACUUAGUGGAGAAAGGAGAGACUUCAGCAGAGAAGCAGUAUUCGUUAGCCGUGGGAAGAACUUGAUGGGAGGGAAUGCCCGUCACUGUCGCGAGGGCAGGAAAAACUGUAAUGUGUCCGCCCUCGUUGCCCACGGGAGAGCUGAGGCAGGGCAGAUGGACGAUGAGUGUGGUGAAUGGCCACCAUCCCUUGUUGACAGAUGGCCACAUUGGAAUCUUCAUAAAGGUUUCAAAGGUGAACACCACGAAUGCAGUCAAAGUGGGAAUUACUCUGGAACCAAAUUAAACCAUACUCAGCUUCAGAAACUGCCACCAGGUGGGGAAGCUUUUGAAUACAGGACAUGUGAGAAGACACUUCAUGAAUUCUCUUUCCUUUCUAAACAUGAGAAGGUGCAGGCAGCUGAUAAACCUCAGGAGCUAUGGAAAAUGGCUGAUAAUCCAACACACAAUAGAUGUCAGCGUACUGCGACUGGAGAGACACCCUUCAUGUCCAAACAGCGCCAGAGAACUCACUCCUGGAAGUCAGGUCUUACUGAAUGUCAGCAAUCUCAUACCAUGAACACUUAUGAAUGUAAAGACUGUCAGAAAACUUUUUUUCAAAAGUCAGCCCUUGUUGUACAUCAGAAAACUCACACAGGAGAGAAAUCUUUUGAAUGUAAGCAAUGUAUGAAAUUUUUUUACCGGAAAUCAGCCCUCACUAAACAUCAGAGAAUUCACACGGGAGAGAAACCUUACGAAUGUCAUGAGUGUAGGAAAACCUUUUACUGGAAUUCAGCCCUCACCAUUCACCAGAGAAUCCACACAGGAGAAAAACCCUUUGAAUGUACAGAGUGUGGGAAAACAUUCUGCCACAAGUCAGACCUUAAUGUACAUCUGAGAAGUCAUGCAGGAGAGAAACCCCAUGAAUGUCAAGAGUGCGGGAAAUCUUUCUACUGGAAGUCAGCUCUCACUGUACACCAGAGAACACACACAGGAGAGAAACCCUACGAAUGUCAAGAAUGUAAGAAGAUUUUCUCCCGGAAGUCAACGCUCACUGUACACCAGAGAACUCACACAGGAGAGAAACCCUAUGAGUGCAAAGAGUGUAGGAAGUCUUUCUACUGGAAGUCAGCUCUCACUGUACACCAGAGAACCCAUACGGGAGAGAAACCUUACGAAUGUCAAGAGUGCAGGAAAACAUUCUAUAGAAAGUCAGCACUCACUGUACAUCGGAGAACUCACACGGGAGAAAAGCCUUAUGAAUGUAAGGAAUGUAGGAAAACUUUCUGUCAUAAGUCAGACCUUAAUGUGCAUCAGAGAACUCACACAGGAGAGAAAUCUUUUGAAUGUAAACAAUGUGGGAAGUUUUUUCAUCGAAAAUCAGCCCUCACUAAACAUCAGAGUACUCACAGACAAGGGAACCUGUAUGGAGGUCAAGAAUAUAGAAAGACUGUAAACCAUAAUUCAGACCUUCAUGCAGGAGAGAAGCCCUAUGAAUGUCCAGAGUGUGGGAAAUCUUUCUACUGGAUGUCUGCCCUCACUGUACACCAGAGAACUCACACGGGAGAGAAGCCCUAUGAAUGUCCAGACUGUAAGAAAACUUUCUCCCGAAAAUCACAUCUUAGUGUACAUCAGAGAACACACACAGGGGUGAAACCCUAUGAAUGUCCAGACUGUGGGAAAUCUUUCUACUGUAAGUCAACCCUCACUGUUCACCAGAGAACCCAUGCGGGAGAGAAACCUUAUGAAUGUCAACAGUGUAGAAAAACUUUCUCCCGCAAGUCACACCUUAGUGUACAUCAAAGAACUCACACUGGAGAGAAGCCCUAUGAAUGUCAAGAGUGUAGGAAAGCUUUUUCCCGGAAGUCAGCCCUCAUUGUGCAUCAGAGAGCUCACACAAGGAGUGAAACCUGUGAGUGCACGUAAGGUAGGGAUUGCCGCCGUGCAUCAGAGAACUCACGGGAGAGGAGCACUGUGAACAUAACGCCAUUCUCCAGGAAGUCCGCCUUGCCUGCCCCGAGAGUUCACGUGGGAGAUGAGCCCCAUGAAUGUGAGAGAACACGGGACACCUUUGUGGUGAGCCAUCUUCCUAAAUAAAGAAUUCACACGGGAGUGUGGAAUGUUCUCGCAGAGACUGGGGGCUAACAGACUUCAUUUCUCUGUCUCCCUUUAUCCUUUACUUGAGCUUUUGCAGAGUAAAAAACUUUCUGGUCUGGUGCA